AUGAGGUCGUGUUGCUUUUUGUCCAUGGCAGCACCCCCUUGCGGCCCUCAGCUGCGCCUGCAGUGUCGGCGUUAUCAUGCCUUUCAGUUUGCCGGCUUUCAUGGGUGGAAGAUUCCCUACAAUGGCAAGCUGAGAGUGACAAAGGAGGAGCUUGAGGGAACACGUUACUUCACGCAGCGCCCCAAGGAGAAGUGGGACUAUCAUCGUGUAGAUGAGAACAUAAACUCCUCUUCAGAAUUUCGCCAGACACACGAUAGACCUGCGUUCGAGCAGGGCAUGCGCGAGGACAACUCUACUACGGAACAUGGAGACAUGCAUACUCCCAAGAAGUAUCGUCUGUACGAGUACUUUGAUGAAUAUACAAAACCCGGGGUGAACAAAAAGGUGGCCGCUUGUUACGCGGUAAAGGAACAGUGGGAUGCGGAGGAAUUCUAUUAUCCCGGGGAAGCGUGGCAGAAGAAUCGUCCCGGUUUCCGUAGCGUUCCCAAGGAAUUAUUGAAUCGACAAACGUGGUAUCACUGGUCUGACACAAUAACGAAGUGGGAUGAGAUUCAACCAACAAUGCGCACACGGUCGUGGAACCCGGACUGGCCGCCUCCAGGUUACACCGUGCCAAAAUUACAAUGUAAAAAGGAGUUUGUCUUUGGUGUGGAGGAACCUGGCCUUGUGUCGGAAGUGGAGCGCUACAAUUGGUUUCGAUCGUGGAGUGACAAUAACAUGCGUACUGGCUGGAAAGACGUCUGGCUCUUUGGUAUUUUGUUUGGCACAAUGUAUUAUCUUGCCCGCAAUGCACUUGACAUUGUUGCAAUGAGGGCAAUGAUGAGCAAUAUGUACUACCCCGGUCGGCAGUUUGUACGACCCUUCGGUGUUCCAAAAGACUGGGAGAAAGGUGUCUUUUGGUGGCAACGUCCGUUAGAGGAAUUUCCCAAUCAGGGAGAGGUUUGGUACAUGAAUGAGGCCCGCUUCAAAUACAUCAAUCACAUCAAAAAACGUGACGCUCAGGAGCGGCUCUUGGCAGAAGCCGAGGCGGUUGAGGCUUAG